GAACGGCACUUGAGGCAGUGUCAUCAGCCCUGCUCAAACCAAGAGCUUUCUGCUUUUUGCUGCCUGACAGCAAAGCCCAGUAGCCAGAUGGAGAAGGAAGUGGGACUGGUUUGACAAAAUUUGACUGUGACAAAUUGGUGUUGGCUUUUCCUGUCUCCCCUCAGUGCCCCCCCGCAUAAGCCCCCCACCCCCGGUGCUGUCCUCAUCUGCUGCAGGAUGAGGAGACACCAACCUGCCCUUGGCAUGGUGGGGACGUGUGUGCGAGUGGCUCCCCGCACCCUGGCUGGUGCUCCCCAGGCUGUGCCACGGUGCUGCACCCUGGUAGGGUGGGACACCCAUCCUGCCGCCCACGCAGAGUGGUGGUGGUGGAUUGGCACGAGGCUGAACAUGCCUAUGGGACCCCACCACAGUGGCCCUGCUCCUGCACCACUAGCAUCUGUGCGGACCCUGCUGGUGCCCCCACAGCUGCAGCCCUCCUGCCAGCACAGCCACAGGGAUGGUGCCGCUGGGCCGUGCGGAGCAGCCCCAGCGCACACCAGUGCCAGGUGGCACAGGGUGGGAUGGAGCCGGAGCAGCCGCCCCAUGCCCCAUGCUCCCAUGUGCCUGCAGCCCCCAACAGCCUGCCCUGCCUGCCCUGCCUGCCCUGCCUUGCCCCAUGUCGGGGCCUCCCUGAUUUCUCAGGGGUUGUUUUUCUUCCUACUCCAGCCUCCCAGCCUGCUGGUAGCCACAAGGGCAGGACGUGCCGCCUAUCUGAUAGGAGCAGUCUCUCUUGGCACUGCGGCUGGUGGCAGAGGGGCCGCAACACGGUGGUUUUGGGCACGGGGAAGUGCUGGUGAUGGGGUGGGGGGAGCCUCCAGCCAGGCUUCCUGAGCUGCAGAGCCGCCACUUCCCAGAUAAAGAUAUCGCCCGGAGGAGCUGCAGCAACUCCCAGGGUGCUGGGAAGGGCCGAGCACGGUACAUACGGCCCUGGCACACGGGGCGCAGGAUGGCAGCCUGCCUGUGCCAGGGCUGGCUGCUCUCGCUGCUCCCUGCCGUCCUGCUCAGCCUCCGCAGCUCACUGUCAGCCCCCGAGCCAGUGACAUCCCAAGGUAGGUCCUUUUCUCCCCUAAAGGAUGUCCAGAGAGGAGCUGGCAUGCAGGGCGCAGGCACCGAGCACCCUAUGGCAGCCAGAACCUGCAGGGUUGGGGAGGGGGCACCCCAGGAGUGCGUUGGGGGGGUGGUGUCAAGGUGGGUGAUGGAGCCCCCUUCUCACCCGUGGGACACUGUGGGGUGCCUGGAGCAAGGGGACGUCCCUGCUGUCUGCAGGCAAGACCUGGCUGCCCCAGGUGUCCCUUCAGGAUGGCAGCCUGUGGCUCCAGCCCCAUGCAGGUGGCAGAGGGUCUCCCUGCUCAUCAAAAGCUCUUGGAGUUACAAUGACGAGGGUCUGAGCAAAAUUCAGGCUAAAAGCUGAUGGCAUGGCUCUGCACCAUGGAUAAUGCUGUGGCACUGCUGGGCUAAUCUCAAUGCUCCCGUGCUGGCCUUGCCACGAUCUUACUGCCCCACCGAGCAUCCUCGGCUCAGCCGGUAGCUGGCCCCAGCCUGGCUGGCUGCGCCUCACAGAGCCACUUCCCAGCUUUCUCCCAUUUCAGGCCUGUCCAUGCUUUCUUUGAGCCUCUCCUUAGCCCUUUUAACACUUUCUAUAACACCAUAAAAAGCAUUAACUGAACAAAACCCUGUCGAUCUCCUGCUUGUCUAUCCAGCCCCACCCCAGGUCUCUGGCCGUGGCAGGCUCAGGAGCACGUUUUGAGUCACCCUCAUAGGGGCAGUGGGAGGAAGGACGGGGUUGGGCUUGUCCUCCCUCUGCCCACAGCCACUGCGGCAUCGCUGUGCCCUGAGCCGUUGACCAAGUGCAGCUGAUGUGAGCUGCAGAGUUGUGCAGCCGCUAUUCCUAGGAAACGGCCUGCACCCAGCAAAGAUGCUCUGGUAACCCACAGGACCAGCGUGGCCUCCCACCAUUGCCGUGGGCCCCCAUGCCAUCCAGCUGCUGGGACCUGGCCACCCCAUCCCCUGGUGCUGGGAGCUGGGGGGGUCACGGAACCUGCACAAAGCCUGGGGUGGGUGCAAAAAGGGAAAAGCAGACGCUGCGCUGCUGGCAGGGGUGCCCGAGGACAUCCUCUGCUUCUCCCGCUCCUUUGAGGACCUCACCUGCUUCUGGGAUGAGGAGGAGGAUGUGGCAAGUGAGACAUGCCACUUCUACUACUGGUACAGCAGAGACAUGCCCACGGCAUGCACGGUCUCCACGUGGCACUGCGGGGCCGGCAGGAUGCGGCACGUCUGCGUCUUCCCCAGCCAGGACGUGCGGCUCUUCAUCCGGCUCCACCUCCGCGUCCUGGAUGCCACCACCAACCAGACCAAGUACCAGCGGGACCUCAGUGUGGAUGCGGUCUCAUCGCCCCCCCAGUGAACAUCACAGCCCACUGGGCCGGGGCUGCAGGGCAGCUCUGUGUGUCAUGGCAGCCACCACUCGCCGACUACGUGAACUUCUUCCUCUACGAGGUGCGGUGCUGCCCUGCCAGCUCCCCAGAGACACCCUGCAGCACCGUGUUGGACCCUGCUGGGCAGCACCCUGGGGACCCCUCCAUCCGGCCAGCCAGCAGCCCCCACACAUCCACGGCUGGGGCAGCCGCAGCUUCCCCAGGAACAGGGCAGGGGCUGGUCCAGUCCACCACGUGGGUGGUCCUGCGGGACCUGCGGCCGGGGAUGAGGUACCACAUCCAGGUGCGCAGCAAGCCCGACGGCACCUCCAUGGAUGGCGUCUGGGGGCCCUGGUCACAGGCAGUGGCUGCGGAGACACCCCACUCCUCCGGGAAGAUGCAUGGCAGCAGUGCGAGGAGGAGAACGUGGGGGUGCAGGGCACCUACGCUUGCACCUUCCAGCCCAGGGCUGGCAGCGCUAUCUCUGUCCUGGUGAAUGUCACCCGGCCCCACAUGCCACCCACGCUCAGCUACUUCAAGGAGCCCUUCUGGCUGCACCAGGCUGUGCUCACAGACGCCCCACAGGUCGUGCAGGCGACAGUGCUGCAGGGCCGGCUGAGCCUGCAGUGGCUGCCGCCCCUGGAGGCACUUGCGGAGCAGCUGGACUACCAGGUCCGCUACGCUGUGGAGAACAGCCAUGACUGGAAGGUCCUGCAGGUCCCACGGGCAGCCCGGAAAGAAGUCCUGGACCUACGGACAGGCGUCCGCUACCGUGCCCAGGUGCGGGCCCAGCCCAGCGGGCCAUGGUACCAGGGCAGCUGGAGCGCCUGGUCCAAACCUGUCAUGGUUGACGCCAUGGCCGACGCGGGCUGGAUCAUCCCGAGUGUUACGGUGGUGCCGCUGCUCUUCACAGGAGUGCUCCUGGGGCUGCGGUGCACCUUCCCCUCCCUCUACAGCAACGUGAAGCAGAAGCUCUGGCCCCCCGUCCCCGACCUGCACCGCGCCCUGGGCAGCUUCCUCCACGACAGCAGCAAGCACGGCCAGGCCAACGCCUUCUACAAGCAGCCGCCGGAGGAGGCCGUCCUGCCCUGCCUGCUGGAGGUGCUGCCCGGCCCCCGGGGGGAGGCGGGCGCGCCGCCCCCGCCGCCGGAGCACGCUGCCGGCCGGCUGCCCAGCACCGACAUCGCCAACCAGUCCUACCUACUCAUGAGCGGCUGGGAGCCGCGCGGGCCGCCCUGAGCCGCGGCCGCGCCCCCGCCCAGCAUAAACGACACGCGCAAUCA